CUCGCCCGCCCGCCCGCGGUUUCCCGUGCCCGGGCCACCGCGAUCUCGCAGUCCCGGCCCGAGCGGGCACCGUGGAGGAGGGUUCGAAUCUGCUCCAGGGAACCGGAGCGCGCGAGGGGCGCGGACGGGGCGCAGAGCCGGCGAGCGCGGCGCCAGCAUGAAGCAGCUGCCUGUGCCCUGUUGAAACUUCAUGGCCACAGCCUCAGGCCCAGCUGGCAUUGCCAUGGGAAGCGUGGGCAGCCUGUUGGAACGGCAAGACUUCACCCCUGAAGAGCUUCGGGCAGCACUCGCCGGGUCCCGGGGUUCACGCCAGCCAGAUGGGCUCUUUCGGAAGGGGUUGGGCCAGCGUGAGCUCCUCAGUUACCUGCACCUCCCCAAGAAAGACAGCAAGACCCCCAAGCGGGCACCUCGGAAUGAGCCUGCUGAUUAUGCCACCCUCUACUACCGGGAACAUUCUCGGGCUGGUGACUUCAGCAAGACUUCGCUGCCAGAGAGGGGUCGGUUUGACAAGUGCCGGAUUCGCCCUUCAGUCUUCAAGCCUUCAGCGGGCACCGGGAAAGGCUUCCUGUCCAUGCAGAGCCUGGCUGCCCACAAGGGCCAGAAGCUCUGGCGCAGCAAUGGCAGCUUGCACACACUGGCCUGUCACCCACCCCUGAGCCCAGGGCCCCGGGCCAGCCAGGCCCGUGCACAGCUGCUCCAUGCCCUCAGCCUAGAUGACGCUGGCCCCGAGCCGGAGCCCAGCCUGUCUGACUCCUCCAGUGGGGGUAGCUUUGGCCGAAGUCCUGGCACUGGCCCCAGUCCCUUUAGCUCCUCCCUGAGCCACAUCAACCUCCUUGGGGGCUCCCUGGAUCGAGCCUCGAGGAGCCCCAAGGAGGCUGGGCCAUUGGCUGUGCUGAGCUGCCUGCCUGAGCCACCACCCCCCUAUGAGUUCUCCUGUCCCACUGCUGAGGAGGUGGCUGUGCUUCCUGAGGCCUGUGAAGAGCUCAAGAGGGACCUUGGUGACCAGAAUGGCUGUAACCCCUUCUCACAGGUACUAGAGGAACGACAUCGGCUGUGGUUGUCCGAGCUAAAGCGCCUAUACGUGGAAAGGCUCCACGAAGUGGCCCAGAAAGCCGAGCGCAGUGAACGCAGCCUCCAGCUACAGCUGUUUAUGGCCCAGCAGGAGCAACGGCGCUUGCGCAAGGAGCUCCGGGCUCAGCAAGGCCUGGCUCCUGAGUCUCGGCCCCCUGGCCCUGUGCCAGAGACUGACCCCAGUGCCCGGCCAGAAGAGGAAGCCCGAUGGGAGGUCUGCCAGAAGACAGCUGAGAUUAGUCUCCUGAAGCAGCAGCUGCGGGAAGCCCAGGCGGAGCUGGCACAGAAGCUGGCUGAGAUCUUUAGUCUGAAGACACAACUUCGGAGUAGCCGGGCCCAAACCCAGGCUCAGGAUGCAGAGCUGGCCCAGCUGCGGGAGGCUGUGCGCAGUCUGCAGGAGCAGGCCCCUCGGGAGGAAGCCCCAGGCAGCUGUGAGACUGAUGACUGCAAGAGCAGGGGGCUCCUGGGGGAGGCCGGAGGCAGUGAGGCCCGAGAUGGUGCUGAGCAGCUGCGCGCAGAGCUCCUCCAGGAGCGGCUCCGGGGCCAGGAGCAGGCGCUUCGCUUCGAGCAGGAGCGGCGGACUUGGCAGGAGGAGAAAGAGCGGGUGCUGCGCUACCAGCGGGAGAUCCAGGGGGGCUACAUGGACAUGUAUCGCCGGAACCAGGCGCUAGAACAGGAGCUGCGGGUGUUGCGGGAGCCUCCCACACCCUGGAGCCCUCGGCUGGAGUCCUCCAAGAUUUGAGAGUAACAGAGUGAGCAGAUGUCGGAUGUACUGUCAGAAGAGAGCCUGAGACGCCCGGCUCCUCGCUUAUACUAGUCUGGGGCAGUAUCUGCAGAGGCCAGCUAGGAGAAGAGAGGAGAGAGGGAAGGAAUGCAGAGGAGGGAUCCAGUGGGCGGUGGGCUGGAUAGGAUGCCAGCUACAGGAGCCAGGGUAAGGCCCUCCUGGGCAGAGGAGCACCCAGGCAGAGCCCAGUCCUGCUCCCUAGAGUGGGUGUGGCCCAGUGAAGGAGAUUGAACCCUCCCCCCCCCCCAACCCCGCCAUGGGACAGGGUGGUUGCAGAUGUUGGCUGAGGCUUGCCUUGAUUGAAGGAGCCUGGGGUGGGGACAUUGGCCUCCUCCAGAAUAAAAGCACAUUUUCUACAAGGAGACCAUGGGUGGUAAGUUAGGGCCUCGAACCAGCCAACUUGAGUGGUAGCUGCUUCCAUGGCCGCCAUCGUGGUUGUUGUGGCUUGUCUGCAGCUGCCCAUCACGUGUGCUGAGAAUGGAAGAAGAUGCCACGUGGGCUGAAAUUCUUGUCUUCUUUUGUACCAGUGGAUUUUUCAGAAGGAACAAUAAAUACCAGGGA